CAAAAUUAUCACAAACAACUCCAAAUUCUUUUGACAAAUCCUUGUUCUCUAUAAAGAUUAAAAACUUUACAACCAAAACCAUUAAACCAUCAUAUUCUAAAUAUAACAUUUAAUCACACAAUAUAAUAUGUCUACCACAGAGCAUGGAGAAGUGAGGCUACUAGGAAAAUGGUCAAGUCCAUUUAGCAACAGAGUAGAUCUUGCUUUGAAACUCAAAGGGGUUUCAUAUAAAUACUCUGACGAAAAUCUAGCUAAUAAAAGUGAUGAUCUUCUCAAAUUCAACCCUGUUUACAAGAAAGUGCCAGUUCUUGUUCACAAUGGAAAUCCAAUUUCUGAGUCUCUUGUUAUAGUUGAAUAUAUUGAUGAGACAUGGACAAAUAACUCACUUUUGUCUCAAGAUCCUUAUGAGAGAGCUUUGGCUCGUUUCUGGUCUAAGACCCUAGAUGACAAGAUCUUGCCUGCUAUAUGGAAUGCCUGUUGGAUUGAUGAAAAAGGGCGUGAGAAAGCUGUGGAAGAAGCCUUAGAAGCUCUAAAGAUACUAGAGGGUGCAUUGAAUGACAAGAAAUUCUUUGGUGGAGAAACCAUAGGACUUGUAGAUAUAGCUGCAAAUUUCAUUGGCUAUUGGGUUUCUGUAUUGCAAGAAAUUAAAGGGUUGGAGUUACUUACAAUUGAGAAAUUUCCAAAGCUAUUUAAAUGGAGUCAAGAAUUUAUCAAUCACCCUGUGAUAAAGGAAGGGUUGCCUCCAAGAGAUGAACUAUUUGCAUUUUUCAAAGCAAAAGCAUAAAAGUAAAGCCUAUUUUAGAGGUAGAGUUCAUAAUUGGUUGACAUAAUUUUCCUUCAAAAUAAUUGUGUUGUAAUAGAAUUUGGAUUUGCUGCGGUUGACUGCAAUAGAGUCUGUACAUCUGGACCAUCUGAAUAAGAUUAGACAGUCAAGAUUUCAAGUUUGAAUUUUAAUUAUUUUUAAAAUUUUCAAUUCAAAUUUAAAAUCCACAUUUGAUGGUUUAGAUGUGUCUGACUUCAUUGCAAUCAGAGGAGAUCACUGCACUCAAUUUCAGUCUGUUGUAAUGAGUAGAAGUUUGUUGCUGAUUUUAAUUAGAUGAAAUUUUGUUGUGGACUGUACAUCUGAUGUUUCAGUUGUAAGCCCAAAACUAGUUUUUUCUUUUCUUGAUUAUUCAACUUAAAUUGAACCAAGCCAAAGAACUUGCCUAAAUGUGUUUCCUUUGUAUUAGUAUUAGUAAAAGAGGACCAAGAGUUGUAUCUUCAUUAUCAAUAAUCCUAUAUCCUUUGUUUUUUUU